AUGGGUGAUAAUAGAGCAACAAAAAGAAUUCAAAAAGAACUCGCAGAUAUUACAACAGACCCACCUUCAAAUUGUACAGCAGGUGUAAUGGGUGAUAAUUUAUAUGAAUGGAUUAGUACAAUUAUUGGUCCAGAUGAUUCUCCAUAUGAGGGAGGUAUUUUCAUGUUGCACAUUGUUUUUCCUGUAGAUUAUCCUUUUAAACCACCAAAGUGGCGCAGGAUUCAAUUUAAAACGCGUAUUUAUCAUUGUAAUAUAAAUUCAAACGGAGAUAUUUGUUUAGAUAUUUUAAAGAAUAAUUGGAGUCCAGCAUUAAAUAUUGGAAAAGUUUUAUUAUCAAUUUCAUCACUUCUUACAGAUCCAAAUCCAAAUGAUCCUUUAGUUUCAACAAUCGCAGAGCAAUUAUUAAAUGACAGAGUCGCACACGAUAACAAAGCAAAAGAGUGGACUAUAAGAUUUGCAAAAUAG